UCGCAUCGAAUUUCCAACAAAAUUUCAUCCAAUUCAAACCGCACCGCUUCGGAUUGGAUGAUUUUUUAACCGAACCAAACCGCACCGCGAAGACCCCUAUCUACAACCCUGUCUCCUCCUCAUCCGGUCAUUCCCUCGACCCUAACCCUAAAACUCAAGCCACGUCAGCUUCGCCUCCGCAGCAGCAACUCCAUCAAUUAUCACAAGACCCCAUCAGAGCAAAUGCUGCUUCCCGCAGUGGUGGUCUCAACAAAAUGACGUGCUUAGUUUCCACAAGCUUCGCUUUUCCGGUACGUAUUUCUCUGCCGCGGCCACCACCCCCAAUCAAGGAAGUGCAGCGAUUAGAAUCUUCUCUGGUUCGAUUUUCAAGCAGUGAAACUGUUACUGCAGGAUAUAUUUUAUUUUCAGCUCAAAAGACUCUUGUUGCUUGCAGUUCAAAUCGUCACAUUUUAUCCGUGAAAGGAAGGUUUCAACAUUGCUUCAUGUCAUGCACAAGAUUUAUAUAUGAAUCUUUCUCUUAUAAUAUGAAUAAUGUACAAUGCAUGGAAAUAUUUUUAUGUGGUUAUUGGGUAGGACCUGAUGAUGAUGAUGGUUGGGGAUUUGUGGAAGCUGUGAUUAAUCAAAUUACUUGAUUUUGUUUGUUUGAUUU